CGCGCCGCCGCCGACAUGAACUGCCUCCAGCACCUGCUCAAGGAGCCUCCGAUCGUCGGAUCCAGAUCGAUGAGGCGGCCCUCGCCGCUCAACCUGGCCAUGGUUCGCGGCGGGAGUCGCCGGUCCAACACCGUCAAGACCGCGACCGGUGCGUCCACCUCGAGCGCGGAGAGCAGCGCGCUGGAGCCAGGCGCGGAGAAGUCCGAUUCCUACAGCACCAACAUGACGCAGGCCAUGGGAGCAGUGUUGACGUAUAGGCAUGAGCUUGGAAUGAAUUACAAUUUUAUAUGCCCGGACUUGAUCGUAGGCUCCUGCUUACAGAGCCCACUUGAUGUUGAUAAGCUUCGUGAGAUUGGUGUGAAAACUGUAUUCUGCUUGCAGCAGGAUCCAGACCUUGAAUAUUUUGGAGUUGACAUCAGUGCAAUUCAAGACUACUGUCUAGAAUGUAAAGACAUUGAGCACUGCCGUGAAGAAGUUAGGGAUUUUGAUGCUUUUGAUUUGCGACUGAGGCUUCCUGCUGUGAUUAGCAAAUUGUACAAGCUUGCCAGCCGUAAUGGUGGGAUAACAUAUAUACAUUGUACAGCCGGACUUGGAAGAGCUCCUGCCGUGGCACUAGCAUAUAUGUUCUGGAUUCUUGGUUACGAUCUGAACGAAGGACAUCGACUACUACAGAGCAAAAGGCCUAGCUUUCCAAAGUUGGAAGCCAUCAAAUUGGCAACUGCUGACAUUCUGACGGGUUUGUCAAAGAACUGCAUCACUUUGAAGUGGAAAAAUGGUAGUUGUUCUUCUGUUGAAAUUUCGGGGCUUGACAUUGGGUGGGGACAGAAAAUUCCCCUGGCAUAUGAUAAGGAGAAAAGAGCAUGGUUUCUUGAGAGGGAGUUACCUGAAGGACGGUAUGAGUACAAAUACGUAGUGGAUGGCAACUGGUUGUGCAACGAACAUGAGAUGAAGACCAAACCAAAUGCUGAUGGCCAUGUGAAUAACUACAUACAGGUCUCUAGGGACGACACGAGCGUUGAGGAGCAAGAAAUGAGGGAGCGGCUGACUGGUCAAAACCCUGCUCUUACAAAAGAAGAAAGGCUGAUGAUCAAAGAGUACCUGGAACAAUACAGCGAGCAAUGAGAGAACUUUCCUUGCUCGAACUGCCAGGGGUGCCAUCAGCUCGCUGUGGAGGCAGGAACACCAGCUGAUGGAAAUAGGCCUGCGCAGCGGUCAGCUCUCCUCACCGCCAUGUGGAUAGCAGCUUAACUGGAAAUAGUUGGCUUGCAGAAUAAUAAUAAUAAUUACUAUUAGUAUGACCUUCCUCCGUAGACAGAUGCUGCCUCAGAUGACAGCAAUUAGUGUCCCCUGAUACAGUCUUAGCCUAAAAUAAAUAAGCGGCUGUGAACAUGUGUAACGUAUGUACAUCUGAAUAAAAUCAGUAAUUUCCUUGGUACAUGACUGUGGAACCUGAAUGCCUGAUGGUUGGUGUUGUUCCAUUCCAUCAGCUGAAUUGAGCUGGUCCUAACAUUGACUUGUUUUGUUAUACUGUAUUCGUCUCGCUCAACUAUGGUCUUAGAUUUUUCA